AUUCCCAGGACAACAACAGCAACAGUUCUCGCCAUUCUUUCCACUCGAUUUCACAAACCAGCGAGUUCCCAACGACCCUCAUUUCUUUAUUCCUAGUAAUGGCAUCAAUAAUAGCGCUAAUAAAUACAUUCCUUAUUCAACACCGACAACAACAUCAUCAAGCGUCCAUGCAAUUACAUCUCAACAACAACAGCAUAGUCCUAUAAGCCAUAACCCAGGAAACCAUAUAUCUUUAACAAAUACAAGCAACGACUUUCAAAACAUGCUUCCAUACGGCAAUGAUACAAACUAUAAUAGUCCUAUGCCUAAUCAAGCUCCUUUGAACUAUGACUUUUCAUCAUUCAACCUGCAGUCCAUGUUUCCUGCACAACCUGAUCGAUUUACUUCACCAAGAUCACAUAUUCGACGUAUGCCACGUAACUUUCGUGGAUAUGGACGAACACCUAUCGAUUUUCAUUCGGUAGCCUUGAAUGAUUACAAUCCUUAUCCAGACAAUCCUAUUGGUUUCAAUUUUCGAAUUAAUGGUUGUAUAAAGACGAUGGAGGAAGAUUGGACACCAGAAGAGUUUAGCAACCAUCGUCGCUUGGUUAUGUUCACAAGAGCCACUGAGCACACAGGAAUUGUUUGUGAUUUCGAGCCAGUUUCUCAAAAUCAAAUCAGUAAGAAAGAUGCCAUCAUUGUUUCUUGUAUUCGAUGGCCAGAUGAAGGCAGUUACUGGAUCACGUCUGUUGAUUGUAUCAACCUAGCAGAGUUUCUAGUGGGUAGACCAUUUAGCGUAGACUACAAGAAUUGCAUUCGACGUAAUCUUGAAGGAUUCGGCCCUACUACUGUUAGCAAAACCAAACCAGAAUCACAAGAGUUCUUUAGACUGAUCAUGGCAUUUAGUAAUCCUAAACCAAGGAAUAUAGAAAAGGAUAUCAAAGUAUUUCAAUGGCAUGUCUUGCCAUUUGCUCUCAAAAAGAUAAUCAUUAAGUACAACACAGAACAACCAUAG